AUGCGGGAUCCUCAUCCGUUGCUGCAGAUCAUCGACGGCAUGGGGCGCACGGACGCCUUGGGGUUGCGGCGAACGGGACGUCUCACUCGCGCGCAACCUCCGCCCGACCACCCACCGCACGCAGCGAAGCACCGACCGCAGCCUUGUUCCAACCAGGCCCCAGCACCGUUCCCCAGCCUAGCCACGCUGACGCCAUAUGUCUCAUGCCCGACGAUCAGCAUGGCAGAUAGGCAGCCUGGUGGCCUGCUAGCCCGCACCCAGAGCGGGCGGGUGUGCAAGCUGUGCAACAACCUGGAUCCGCGCAGCCAUCCAGCCACCUUCCACGACCAGGAGAGCACGAGCCGCUCCGUCGCUCGCCUGAGCCUGCGCGUCGACCCCGUGCGGCUGAAGCGCUCAGAGGAAAAGUGCCCGCGCUGCCGCCUGGUCGCUCACACGCUCGAUGCCCACGUUGAGGGCUGGCGGAAGACGAAGCCGCGGCUGCUACUGGACCUGGUCGAGUGCGCCCCGUUGCGGCUCGAGGUGCGGCCUGAUAUAGGCAGCCACUGCUGGGGCGGCGGUCCCACCUUCAUCACCACGACGGCCAACCUCGCCGAGCGCAAGCGCCACAUCGACUUCUCCUCGCUCCCGCAAUCCUUCCAGGACGCCGUCGUCAUCACCCAGGCGCUCGGCAUCCACUACCUCUGGAUCGACGCCCUCUGCAUCAUCCAAGACUCGACGGCCGACUGGGAAGUCGAGUCGGCGCAGAUGAGCGCCAUCUACGAGAACGCCCACCUGACCGUCGCCGCCACGGCCGCGCCCAACAGCGACGCCGGCAUCUUCGCUGCCCGCCCUCGUCCCGCCAAGUUGUCCUACCGCGCCUCCGCCCGCGCGAAGAAGGCGCACAAGCUCUGCGCGAGGAAGAUCCCAGACCACCACCUUUCCUCUCCUGCAUCCUCAUCUUCGUCCUCCUCCUCCACGCUCCCCAUCUUCCCCCCACCGACCGACCCCCACCACCACCACUACCAGCCGCAACUCCCCCUCUCAACCCACUACCACCCCCCGCCCGCCCCCGCGGGACCGCUCCGCCACCGCGCCUGGGCGCUGCAAGAACACGUCCUGUGCUCGCGCAUCCUGCACUACACGGCGCACGAGCUGCUGUUCGAAUGCCGCAUCGCCUCGCGCUGCGAGUGUCACCACAACCUCCUCCUCCCCCACCAGCAUACAACUAAACCCUCGCCCACCACCCCCGGCCUCCUCCCCCGCCUCCUCACCACCGGCCGCCGCGCGCAGCAUCGCCGGACGUGGCAUGCGAUUGUGGCUGCGUAUACGGCGCGUGAGUUGAGUUUUCCGGCGGAUAAGUUGCCGGCGAUCAGCGGGAUUGCGAGGGGGUUGUUGGCUGUGAGGGGGAGUGGGAGUGGGAGUGGUGGUGGUGGUGGUGCGGCGGGCAGAGGCGCGGGGGCGAGCGAGUACGUGGCUGGGUUGUGGAGGGAGGGGUUGGUGGGGGAUUUGCUGUGGGCGGCCGCGUCGUCGUCGGGGAUGGCGAUGGGGGUGACGGCGAGGCCUGUACCGAAGGUGUGGCGGGCGCCGAGUUGGUCGUGGGCGAGUGUGGAGGGGGAGGUUGGGUAUGCGUGGGUUGAGGGGGGGUCGGCGGGGCAGCGGGGGGAGGGUGUUGGUGGUGGGGGCGGUGUUGGCGGUGUGGUCGGGGAUGAGGAGGGGGAGGAAGAGUUCGUAUCGUUGGUGAGAGUCGAAGAGGCGGUGGCAAGGCCGGCGGGGAGGAAUCCGCUUGGUGCGGUGAGGGAGGCGUGGAUUGUGCUUGUGGGGCCGGUUUUGGGUGGUGGUGGUGGUGGUGGUGGUGAUAAUGGUGGAGGUGGAGGUGCAGGUGUGGCUGUUAAGUUGGUCGUGAAGGUGGAUGAUGGUGAUGAAGAUGAGGGAAGGAAGAAGAUGAGGUAUUUUCUGAAGCGCGCGCAUGGCGAGGGCGGAGGCGUUGUCGAGAUGGUGCCUGAUUCGCUGCUGCUUCCUGUGACUGGACUUGAUAGUAGCGGUGGUAGUAGUGUUCGCAGAGCAAAGGUAGGUGAUGAAAAUGAAGGUGAAGAGGUGGGCGUCGCUGGCUUUGAGGCGAACGUUUUGUGUUUGGGCAUGGCGAGGUGCGAGGGCUCGUGGAUUGCGGGGUUGGUGCUUGUUCCAUCAUCGUCAUCUUCGUCGCCGCCGUCGAAGGGUGGUAACAGAGGGCGGGGAAAUGGGAAGAGUGUUGUAGACGGUGGACGGUGUUAUGAGCGUGUGGGCACGUUUUCUUGUGGGGACGAGUGGUUUGCUGGAGCGGAGAAGAGGGAGUUGGUUCUUGUUUGA